AUGCCAACACUUGUUCCGCGCAAGGGGACGAUGGCGCAGAGAACGUUGGCUCUCCAGAUGAUGUUACUCGGCCUCCUCACGCGUGGCGAGGCUGUUAGCAUGGAGGCGACGGUGAAGCUGGGCAGGAAGACCAUCAAGGAGGGCCAGCAAGUCUACCGAGCGCACUUCGGCCUCCGAGGCCGCCGCGGCGAGAGGGCCAAGACAAAGGUGAUCCACAAGACUGCCUACUUCGGAAGCGUCGAGAUCGGCACCCCAAAGCAGACGUUCCAAGUCGUGUUCGACUCUGGCAGCGGGAACCUGCUGGUGCCUGCGAGCGACUGCAACAGCGAGGCAUGUAUGGCCCACGCCCGCUAUAACCAGACUGAAUCUUCCUCGAUGCACCGUGUUCAUUGCGACGGCGUCCAAGACAGCGGUGAUGCGCAGGACGAGGUGAGCAUAUUGUUUGGCACCGGGGAGGUUUGGGGCAGGUGCAUCCAUGACCAGAUUUGCCUUGGCCCCGUCUGCUACCCUGGCUCCUUCAUCGCCGCCACGUACGAAACCAAGUCACCCUUCAUGUCCUUCAACUUCGACGGGGUGCUCGGAUUGGCCCUGCCCUCGAUGUCGCAGGGCUCCAUGUUCAACACGAUGGAGAGGCUCAAGGAGACCCAGAGGCUCCACCAGACCCUGUACUCUGUCUUCCUCUCCAGCUCGGAGUCGGAGGUGGAGAUCUCGGAGAUCACCUUCGGCAGCAUCAAGACGAGCCACAUGGCGUCGGAAUUGCACUGGGUGCCAGUCUCCCGCGACACGGGCUAUUGGGAGGUCAGGAUUGCGGACAUCACCAUCGACGAUCAUCCACAGGAGUUGUGCGCCAAUUGCCACGUGGCUGUGGACACGGGGACGUCAGAGCUGGCUGGGCCGUCCGACGUGAUCGACGAGCUGGCCGAGAGGCUGCACGUGUUGACGGACUGCUCGAACUACCAGCAGCUGCCGAGGCUUGGGUUCCUCAUCGGCGAGCGGAUCCUGAACCUCGAGCCGCACGACUACGUCGACAAGUCAGCGGAGGGCUGCCAGGUCUCCCUGAUGCCCCUGAACGUGCCCCCGCCCAAAGGCCCGCUCUUCGUCUUCGGCAUCCCGUUCAUGGAGAAGUUCUACACGGUCUACGACAACGUGAACAAGCAGGUGGGCUUCGCGGUGGCCAAGCACGUCGGCGACAGUCCUGGGCAUGCUGCGGCGGUCAUGUCGCAGCUGAGUGCCUCGGUGAAGAAUUCGAGCUGGAACAGGGAAGGCCAUCGGCACGAAGACGGCGAUGCUCCUCCGCCGUGGGCCGAGCGCGGCAAGAAGUGGUUGCGCCAUCUGUUUGUACAGCAUUUGAAGCCGGCUGAGCCUAUGUAA